AUCACAGCACUUUGCUACUUGGCUCCCGUGCAAAGACAUUUUCCUUGUCCAAAAAUCCAUCAAACCCCUCAAAAAACCCUAACCGAAAACCUCCAACGCCUAAACUCAAACAACCCAUCAAUUCAAAUGGCAGGAGGCCGAUUCAGAGAACUCCUAAGGAAGUACGGAAAAGUAGCUUUAGGUGUCCACCUCUCUGUCUCUGCAGCCUCAAUCACCGGCCUCUACAUUGCCAUCAAGAACAAUGUUGACGUCAAAUCGUUCUUCGACAAGUGGCAUCUUCCCGGAAUCUCCACCGAUGAUUCCAAUCACUCGAAUCCACCUACCCAACAACAAGAACAACUUAAAUCGGACGAUGGGUUUGGGAUUGAAGACAGGGAUAAUUCGAGGACUGUGCAGGAGGUGAAGAAGAGGAAUCGGACGGCUGAGCUUGCUGCAUCCACUGGUGGAGCCCUUGCUCUGGCUGUGCUGUGUAACAAGGCGCUGUUCCCAGUACGGGUUCCGAUAACCAUCGCUCUUACGCCUCCGGUGGCUAGGUUCUUGGCUAGGAGGAAGAUUAUCAAGAACAGUCAGUCUUUUUGCAUUGCUCCAUCAAUGAGAAGCCAAUUUUUGUAUUUGACUUGAGCAACAACUCAAGGAAAGAUGUUCCUUGAAUUUAUAAAUUCUACUUUGUUGGAUGUUGGAAUUCCUCAUUCAAUGUUCUUUUUUAACAUCAUAAUAAUUUGUGAAUGGUAUCAUUUACCUCCUUAAAAGUGAUUCUUGAAUGUUUGAUGAUAAUAAGUGCAGUAAACUCUUUAGGUAGAGUAGCGAGCUUCUGUUGCUGUGAGAUAUGCAUAAACAUGCUUCUUGUUUGCAGUUUAUACUUGUCUUCUUUUUAUGUUCU